UUUAUGCGACGUACAGAGCAGCAAUGGCGAGCGGUAAAAAGAGUGCCCUGCUUUCCUCUUUGGCAGACUAUGGAGACGAUUCAGAGCCCGACUCUGACCCCGAACCAGAGGAGACAGGGGGGCAUGGAGGUCUGGUCUACAGCUAUGGGGAUGAUGACCUGAACCGAACUGAGGAAGGUGAUGACAAGGUGUCUGGAGAUGAAGACAGCAGAGAAAGCAACUCGGAAAUGGACGAAUCUGACGAGGGGAGGGACGCAGAUGAUGUUGAGAUCUCAGAAAUGGAAAAGAAGGACCCCAAUGAGCUAGUUGCUCUAUUCUCAGAGAAGGUGAGGAACAUGUCCCCCGAUGAGAUCAGGAUCCCCCCCGAGCCUCCUGGACGCUGCUCGAGCCAACUGCAGGACAAGAUCCACAAGCUGUAUGAGAGGAAGCUCCACGGAGAUUUUGACACAAACAGCCACAUCCAGAAAAAGAAAGAAUUUAGAAACCCAAGCAUUUACGAGAAGCUCAUUCAGUUCUGCAGUAUAGAUGAACUGGGAACUAACUACCCAAAAGAUAUGUUUGAUCCACAUGGCUGGUCAGAGGACUCUUACUAUGAAGCUCUAGCCAAAGCCCAGAAAGUGGAGAUGGACAAACUGGAGAAAGCCAAAAAGGAGCGGACCAAGAUUGAGUUUGUUACGGGGACCAAGAAGGGCACCAACCCCUCCAGCACAGCGGCCUCCACCACCAGCAGCACCACCACCACCACAGCCACAGCAGAGGCCCAGAAGAGGAAAAGCAAGUGGGACUCUGCGAUCCCUGUGACCCUCGCCCAGCCCACUCUCAUCACCACCACCACCGCCACCCUGCCCGCUGUCGUCUCGGUCACAACCACCGCCAGCGGCACCAAGACCACCGUCAUAUCUGCAGUGGGCACCAUCCUAAAGAAGGCGAAGCAGUGAGCACACAGAAACACGCUCGUCUGUAAGUGUGAGUGAAACUGGAAGAGCUGCGAUGUCCUGUGCUCAUUAUAUAUGUAAGAAGACGCAGAGAGAGGACGAAUGAACUGACAGACGUUCUUUAGGUGUCCAUUUUUAGACCCCACCUACAGAUACCCUCUGCUUCACAUGGACGAAAGACUUUACUGCCUUCUAUCUCUGGGAUUCUAUCUGCACUGUUGCAUCAUAAAGCCAAAAUCGGUUUGGCAAAACACUCAAAAAAUCCCGAUUGUGUGAUGCAUGCAGAUCUAAUGCUGAUGAAACAUUUCAGUCAUUCGUUUUUUUUUUAUGUUGCCAACAGUUGUUAGUCUAAAUCACAACAAGAGCAUGACAAUGUUUGAAUAAAGUAUCCUGAGAGACCUUGUACAAAUAUCUAAAAUAUGUGUAUUUUUCUAUCCAUAGUGUUCAUGCCUCCUGUAGCAGCUGUGUGUUAUAGCUCGACAUUUGUAUCAUCUUGUUUUUUUCAGCCUUUUCGUUUUCUUCAUUGGCAUAUUGAGCAAAUCUAAGGUAAGAUUUUACACUUGUACAUAUGGUGAAUAAAUGCAUCAGAUGUUGCCUUUUCA